GAACCAAAGUUAGAAUGGACCACUGAUGCCGCAAACUCACAGACACUGGUUUUGAUCUUCCAAUACAUCUCUCCACAUUUCCUGCAGAGCAGUGGCCCUUUCUGCAGCACGCUGCAAGCCAGCAGCCAGCGAUGGGCUUUUUCUCUUCAAACAAGGCAAACGACACCAAUUAUAUACACGAUGACAGGACCGUCGUCCAGGUCAUUCGUUCCAGAUUUUACGGAAAGUACAAAGGCAAGGAACGGGCGGCUUUCCCUGACUCGUCGCCCUCCCUUUCAUCUUCACGAGACAAGUUUAUGACGCACAAACCCAAUGAGAGUCGUCCCAAGUCUAGGACUGACUCUCGUGAAACACACGCUUUUAUGCACUCUGUAUCCGACCACCCUGGACAGCAUGCCCGUGCCCAUACCGAUACCGUUACCACGACGCUCGCUCAGCGUCUCAACGAACUAGCGACUGCAAACUCAGAGGGCCUUCUCGAUAAUGAAGAGUACCGUCUCCUCCGUCAAAACCUCUUUGAGCGUCUUACGAGCAGCAGUCCGGUUCCGGUAGAGAGCCCUAUGGUUCCAAUGGUGAAUCAUGGCGAUUCACAGGGUGAAAGGUCGCAGAAGCGUCUUUCUUCAGCAACGCAUUUGUCUCAGAAUAAUAUACCCGGAUCACUCCGUUCGCCUUCCAUACGAUCCAAGUCUUCCAAGUCUUCCGCCAUUUCAAAUCUCUUUGCCAGAGUGACCACUCGGCGGACAAGUAUGCUAUCUAAAGAUGACCUGACAAGCGAUGCCUCCAGCGUGUUCUCCUCGAGUUCCAAGAUUUCACAGAGAUAUCAACAGCACGAACAGGACACUUUGCGUGGAAGGAGCAAGAGAUACGGCCAUGUUGGUCCUUCGCCUAGUCAAUCACACAUUCCUUGUGACAUGGCUGCUUCGUCUUCUAAUCUCGAAAAUGGACUGAGCCACAGAGCGUUCUCGAGCAGUGGCUCUUUUCGCUCUACUCAUAGUAUUCGAAGGCUGGGAAAGACGACGCCUCCUUCAUCGUUUCCUACACGUAUACCCGGCUCUGACCAUAUUCAUACCCCCUCCCUCUCGAAUAUCGAUACGUCGGGAGACGACGAGCUCAAGAGUACUCAGGAACUUCGCCGCGAUCUAGCGUCGGUAGAAGCGGAGGGUCGAAGGCUCCUGGAUGCUUUCAACGGACUCGAACUAACAGCGUUGACACGAAACCAAUAUAGACCGACUGGUACUAGUCCCGUUAAAUCUUCUUCAUCUUCACCGUUACGACCACAAAAGCAGCCCAGUGAGCAUCUUAUCGUGCAAGCCACUGGGAAUGCUGGGACCAUUCGAAGACGUGGUUAUGACAACGAUGGCAUGUCGGUUCAUUCUAAUUCUUCAAUAGGAACCGGCCUAUCUAGAGCUGUGCCAUACCGAAGCACAACGGUAAAGCGACCGAACGCACCUUUGACCGCUCCAAUACCGGUCGUCCGCAAGAAUUCGGUAACGUCUAUGUCUUCUCGCACGAGAGAUAUGGCAUCUUCGCCUGUCCCUUCCCAGUCACACGUGGGAGCUAACGGUUCCAGUAUCAGCUUGACCAAGUUUUCGACUCAUAAUAUGUCGAUACAUUCUCAGCCUGAAGAUGACGAGUUUUCAGCCUUGGAAGCGGAACUGACCGAAAUUCGUAGGAGACGGAAGGAGGUGACUGCCCGCUAUCAGGGUCGUCUGGAGUAUCUCCGUGCUCAGCUGAAGGGUGCGGAACUGCGAGAGAAGCUACAGAAAAAAUAGCAGUCUUUCGGGAGGAGAGCGUGAUACGACUGGGGAUGUGAUACGAUUUGGUACGACCACGAUUUUUGCUGGAUGGCAUGAUAAUGCCUCUAGGUCCAUGGUUCGAUUAAUAUGCAGGUUUGGACGAGACAUCCAUGCUUCUUUCUGAAUAUACCUGACAUGCUACAGCAUGCUACUUGAUAUUUUAUAUAAUGAAACAAUGUUGAUACAGGACAAAUAGCUAGACAUGUUCUAAAUAAAUAACAUAAUGGCCGAGGUGCCAUAG